GCGCUUCCCCCCACCCCCACCCCGCGCAUGCGCGCGGAGCGAGACGGGCGAUUCACGCAUCCAAAAUGGCGGCCGCGAUGGAUGUGGACACCCCUAGCGGCACCAACAGCGGCGCCGGCAAGAAGCGCUUCGAAGUGAAGAAAUGGAACGCAGUAGCUCUGUGGGCAUGGGACAUUGUGGUUGAUAACUGUGCCAUUUGCAGAAACCAUAUUAUGGAUCUAUGCAUAGAAUGUCAAGCAAACCAAGCAUCAGCUACCUCUGAAGAGUGCACAGUCGCGUGGGGCGUCUGCAAUCACGCUUUCCACUUCCACUGCAUCUCUCGCUGGCUCAAAACUCGCCAAGUAUGUCCACUGGACAACAGGGAAUGGGAGUUCCAAAAGUAUGGACACUAGAGAGAUGGUCACCAUGCUUCUUGUUGUGUCAUCAGCCUCAGUUGUUCUUGUCACUAUGGGUUUGUUUUAGCAACUUGAAAAAUCAGCAAUGUAUACAAUUCUUCUUUAAUCUUAAUUUCUCCCUAUUGUAUAGCAUUGAAUAAAAUCUUGCUGGAGCUUCCUGA